AUGACAUACUCAACUGGCCGAGGAGGUGCUGGUAAUAUACAUCAAUCUAAAGACAAAACGUCGGAUCUGAAUACGGCUACCCAUGAACAAUUAGACAACAUACUGGACAAUCUAGGAAAAACGACAUCGGGUGAACAUAAAUCGUUUUACUAUUCAACAGGAAGGGGAGGCGCCGGCAACAUCAAAAAGUCGGAUCAAUUACCAUCACCUAAACUAGCACCACAGGGGUCAAACACCCCUCAUCUCACAACAUCAAAAGUAACCACGGGUCGUGGUGGAUUCGGUAACAUGGUUGAUAAUAAUGACCCCGAAUUGACGAGAAAGCUACAAGAUGUUGAUCAAGAGGAUCUUACCAAAGUGAAAAGUCUCGAGUUGCAAGCUAUAAAUUCUAAGGGAUUCAGUGUAGGUCGUGGUGGGUUUGGUAAUGUGAUUCUGAAUUCAAGGAGUAGGUCAUCAUCAGAACACGAGAAUGGCGUACCUGCUUUAUACAGUGUUUCAUCCCAUGGUCCCAAAAAACAAAAGAAGAAAGGAGGGUUCUUGGAAAAGAUCAAAGAGAUAUUUGCUUGA